AUGCUGAUACAACAUGUAUUUAUAAUUAACCGAGCUGGAAGCUUAAUUUAUGAUUGGGACGGCAAGGUUGAUUGCGAAGGUGUUGAGAAAACAUUUAGUUAUCCUCUUGAUAUUGUUCUUGACAUCGUUGAUCAGAAAGUGACUGUCGUGUUUGGUGAACGGGAUGGAAUUGGUCUCAGAUAUACAGUGUCUGCAAUAAAUGGUACCCCAGUGCAUGCAUGUAAAGUAGUCUUUUGUGGUGCAGAGAAGAUGGUAUUAGAUGUUAUUCAAGACGAAGCGAACUAUCCACUCAGCAUACGUUUCCAACCACCAACAAUUACAACAAAUGAAAAGAUCAUUCUUUCGAGUACAUUCCAUUCACUCUACACAAUCGCUGCUCAGUUAAGUCCUGUCUUGAAAAGUUCUGGCAUUCAAGUUCUAACCACAAACCACUUCAAGCUUUAUUGUUUCCAGUCGACGACUGGAGUCAAAUUUGUCGUUGUUGGUUCGUUAUCACUGAGUAAUGGUGUCGAUGGACUUUUGCGACGGAUUUAUGAGCUUUAUGCUGAUUUCGCUUUGAAAAAUCCUUUUUACUCAAUCGAUAUGCCGAUACGAUGUCAAAGGUUUGAUGAUGCAAUCCGAAGCCUUAUAGAAAGGCAAGACAAAUUUAGUAUGCUAACAAUAUGA